CUAGAGCUUUGAUGCCCACGCCUUGCAAACACAGGACGUAGAGAAAACAAUACACAAGGUUGAAGACGCCGUGACGACUCUGAAAGGACUUUUCUCUUUGACCGCCCUCGAGGGCCGUCUUCCUGACUUUGAGGAUGAAUUCUUCGAUUCCCUAAAGUCCCUCGCCACUCAGUUCAAAGAUCAACUGGGCUUCAUCGAUCCACUACUGGAUGCGUACACCAAGAUUAUGGACAUGGGCACCAAGCUCCAGGCCGAGUUUGUGCAGGCCCUGCAUAUUUUUAAAGAGUGGACUGCCAAACUGCGUUCGGCGUACGAUAAAAUCAAGACUUUCAUUGACAGCGUGUUUGGUGCGAAAUUUGCCAAACAGUUUCCUUCCAAGCCGGCCUCGUUCCAGGACGUCGCCCUCGUCUUUCCCAACAACACGUACGGAACGUACAAUGGCACUUCGCUGCUUGCUGCGGCAGGAACACCAAUCGUUGCUCCAAUGGCGGGCGUGGUCAGCAAAGUUUCAAGCGACAUUGUCAGGCUGGAAGUAACUGAGAACAGCUUGCGGAACUACUACAUUUUCCUCGGUCAUGUGUCGCUUGCAGCUGGUGUCACUGGGCCCGUCAAGAAGAAUGCGACGAUCGGGACUGUUACCACCGGUCAAAGCACCAUCCACGUCAGUAUCCAGCACAAGUUGACAAAGCGCUUUAUUGAUCCCGCCAAAUAUCUACCCCGUCGAAUGCCUGGGAUUUUAGGAAACGGAUUUAAACCGGAUCCGAAUUUCUACUCCCUCACGGUCGUAGGGAAGCAGAUUGUGCCUCCCACGGCGAUUAUCGAUCUGAACUCCUUGAGGUCGGUGAACAAAACCGGGCGGACGAGCACGAAAGCCAGGAGAGGUUUUGAAGCGGAUAUUGGGCAAGACCGAUCACUGGCGAGACGAGACUUGCUUUCCGAUCUUGGCCUGCCCGAGUUCAAUGUCAAGAUCCCCAACGUCUGCACGGACGACGAGUUUCAGAAUGCACCGGAAAUAUGUGGAGGGGGAAUGCUCCCCGAGUUUAGGCGCAGUCUGCUGCUCUUCAAAACGAAGCAGUUUUUCUUGGUUGCUGGGUUUGUGCCCGUCACGUUCGAAUUGCAGUUCGACGCAGUGAUGGGCAUUCAAGCUGGAGUUUCGGUUUGUCUCAUAGGACUGGAAGUGAAGCCGAAAGUCACUCCGGAAUUUGGGGUCGCAAUGCAGGGAUCUCUCUCCGUAGGGGCUUUCAUCGAAAUUACCUUAUUGGCAAGGGGAACGGUAGCGGACACGCACGUGCCUAUCGCCGUGUUUUUCCCGCUCGCAAAGUUUCCAAUUGGAACAUGCAUUCAAAUCAAUGUGGAGAUCCUGCCACUACAACUCGAGGUUUCAGUCGGGGUUGAGAUUGACUUUGUCUUUUUUUCCAAAUCGUGGUUCGUGACAAUCGUGCGACUCACCUUGGACAAGAUCACAUUCUUGGUGACCGACACAUGCCCGCAACCGGACUCCCGUCAGCUCCCGCCGAAGGAUUCUGGCACGAUCGUGGAUGUCACUGCGCCCAUCGUUCAUCAGUUGAGCAUUUCGCAAGUCGCGAAUGUGCCAACCUCAGCGCCUCUUCUUUUUGCUCGCUUCUCGAUUGGUGACCCCGAAUCCGGCAUUGCGAAUGCUUCCAUUGCCGUCGGCUGGAACCCCGGCGACUCUACCGUAGCCGCUCCCGUUCUGAUACCCAGAGACCAAGGCGAGUCGAUUACGAUCCCCGGUCUCGCUGAUAUCUCGCUGUUCGACGAGAAGACGCUUUACGUCACUAUAACGGUUUUCAACCAACACCAGAUGAUGACGAAGCAGUCGCAAAAGCUUGUAUGGGAUCUCAGUCCUCCCGUGAUCAAAAUCGCAGAGAUAUUCACGCCCUUUGCGCAAUACACUUUCCCGAUUGGCAAAAACGAGACCCGCACAGCACUGCGAAAGGCAAUGCAGACCUUCAAGUACGAUCUUACGCAACAGAUAGGAGGCGGCGCGCUACAAGGAUUUUCGGACCGGCUCGAUUUUUCGUACGUGAUACAGGAUGCCACUGCUCAGAGCACACUGGAAUAUGCGGUCGGCACGGGUGCCGCACCAGAUCUGAUUACUUCUUUGAGGGAUUGGACAGAGCUGCCGGCUACACAAACUCAGGGGACGCUGGCGUUUGAUAGCUUGCAGCUCUCUCAUGGCGUCACCUACCACUUGGCGUUACGAUCUUUGAAUGCACUUGGAUACGAAAGCACAACAUUGUCUAGCGGAACCCUUAUCGAUUUGACACCACCAGUGGUGGGCAGCAUCUUCAUGGGCCCAACGCUUCGCCAGAAUUGGAAUGCCACCAAUGUGAUCACCAAUGCGGUCUUCAAUUUCUUUGGGUUUUCCGACGCGGAGUCCGAUGUAGCAUGUGAGCAGCCAUCGUCAUCGAUUUGAGCUUCGUCAGCAAUGGUUUAAUCUACCGCUUGACCUAGAUUUCAACUAUGCGAUUGGUCCCAACACUACGGCAGCGGAAAUGGU